AUGGGGUCCAAACUCAGCAACAAAGAAGGCUCUUGGAGCUCUCCAACAAGGCUCAAAGAUGCUGACUUUAAGGAAUCACGAAAAUACAACACAAGGAAGAUACAAAAGGGUCUUUCACUCUUUGUACACAGAAGGCCUGAACUAAGGUACUUCAAUGAAGAUCUUGUGGAAGCCACAACUAUGGUGCCAGAUGAUGUUAGGGAAGGAUAUUUUGUUGUUCUUGCAACUAAGGAUGGAGAAACCAAAAGGUUCAUUGUUGAGUUAAACUACUUGACUGAUCCUUCAUUCUUGGGACUACUCGACCAAGCUCAGGAAGAGUAUGGUUUCGGACAACAGGGAGUUCUUGCUGUCCCUUGUCGACCUCAAGAAUUACAAAAGAUUCUAGAUGGUCUCAGAGAGUAG